UCCCACACUGUAUAUAUCCCGCUUGGCUGCAGUGAGUCGAGGCCCUGCACCACUCUCACUUCUUCUCCACCCGACGCGAGUGACUACAUCUGCAAAAAUGAUGAACGGUAUGAUCAUAAAGAACAUGUCCUUCAAGGCCGGAGAGACCCUGACCAUUGUUGGAGUCCCCAAGCCUGAUGCUACAAACUUUGCAAUCAAUAUCGGCCCUGAUGAGACGGAGAUCACGAUGCACAUCAACCCUCGCUUCAAUUCCAAGGGAGACGAGAAUGCUGUGGUCUGCAACUCUUACCAGAAAGGCAGCUGGGGUGAGGAGCACCGCGAGGGAGGCUUUCCGUUCCACCAGGGAGAGGAGUUCAAGGUCGUCAUCGAAUUCGCCCCGACGGAGUUCCAGGUGACUUUAUCCGAUGGCUCAAAGAUCCACUUCCCCAACCGCAUGGGCGCAGAGAAGUACUCGUGCAUCGGCUUCGAUGGGGAGGUCCGCGUCACCAGCUUUGAGAUCAAGCAAACCUGCAGCCACCCUGGAAUUUGGGGGAAUUGAAAUUCAUGCUUUCUUUCUUUUUCAAUUAGUGUAACGUCGGGUCGACCCCAGGCCCCGCUAUUAAGGUCUAGAAUGUUAUGUGAUAUCAGUAGUGCCUUAAUGUUUAUCAUACAAACAGGAUGAUGCAAUAAAGUAGCUUGUUGACAUGUGCCAAUGCAAGCAGACAAAAAAAGGAUUGGAUCAGACAGACAUGUGAUUAUUCUCUCAUGGGCUCAACACUGUUACUGCGCAUAUGUAGCCCGAGGCCACGUUAUCUGACUGUUAUUUGCUCUGCAGCUUGCAAUGUUUUAGUUGAGAAGUACUUCAUAUAUCAUCCAGGGUUCUUUAAGGUGCUUAAGAAUUUGACAUGCUUUGUUGUUUUUUCCUCCCAGACAUUCCGGUUUAUAUCUGAGUGUAAUGCUUGCCCAUUAAAGCAUGAACAUCAUAAACA